GCGUCACGCACUCCAUGGUAACGACGCUCGGCCCGAAGAUGGCGGCCGGGCGGAGCGCACCUCCCGGCUCCUCAGGCCCGGGCCGGGGACGACGGGGCGGCCCUCUGUGGGUCCGAGGCGUCCUGCUGCUGUUGGGCGGGCUUCCGGCGAGCACCACCUCUGUCCCGGUGGUCUCCUUGGGCAGCCCCCCUCCCUGCCGGCAUCACGUCCCCUCUGACGCCGAGGUCAUAAAUAAGGUCCAUCUUAAGACAAAUCAUGUUGUGAAGAGAGAUACUGAUGAGCAUUUAAGAAUCAAAACUGUGUAUGAUAAAAGUAUUGAAGAGUUGCUCCCUGAGAAAAGAAAUCUUGUAAAGAAUAAACUUUUCCCACAAGCUAUUUCUUAUCUAGAGAAGACUUUUCAGGUUCGCAGACCCGCUGGCACUAUUUUACUUAGCAGACAAUGUGCAACGAAUCAGUAUCUGCGGAAGGAGAACGACCCUCACCGGUACUGCACUGGCGAGUGUGCCGUGCACACCAGGUGCGGCCCUGUGAUAGUGCCCGAGGAGCAUCUCCAGAAGUGCAGGAUCUGCCGUGGGGGUAAGUGUGCCCACGAAGCAGUGGGUGUGCAAGAGCAUGAAGGCAUCAAGGAUGCAGACUUUGUUCUUUACGUUGGUGCCCUGGCCACUGAGAGGUGCAGCCAUGAAAACAUCAUCUCCUAUGCAGCCUACUGUCAGCAGGAAGCCACAAUGGACAGGCCAAUAGCAGGAUAUGCUAACCUGUGUCCAAAUAUGAUCUCUACCCAGCCUCAGGAGUUUGUUGGGAUGCUGUCCACAGUGAAACAUGAGAUUAUUCAUGCCCUGGGUUUCUCUGCUGGGCUGUUUGCAUUCUACCAUGAUAAGGAUGGAAACCCUCUAACUUCAAGGUUUGCAGAUGGUCUCCCACCUUUCAAUUACAGUCUUGGAUUGUAUCAAUGGAGUGAUAAAGUAGUUCGAAAAGUGGAGAGGUUGUGGCAUGUUCGAGAUAAUAAAGUAGUUCGUCACACUGUGUAUCUUCUGGUGACACCUCGUGUUGUUGAUGAAGCACGAAGACAUUUUAACUGUCCAGGUCUUGAGGGAAUGGAGCUUGAAAAUCAAGGUGGUAUGGGCACUGAACUCAACCACUGGGAGAAACGGUUACUAGAGAAUGAAGCAAUGACUGGUUCUCACACUCAGAACCGAGUCCUCUCUCGAAUCACUCUGGCACUGAUGGAGGACACUGGCUGGUACACAGCAAAUUACAGCAUGGCCGAGAAGUUAGACUGGGGCCGAGGAAAGGGCUGCGACUUUGUCAAGAAGAGCUGUAAAUUCUGGAUUGAUCAGCAGAGGCAAGAGAGGCAGAUGCUGAGCCCUUACUGCGACACACUGAGGAGCAGCCCACUGCAGUUAACCUGCAGACAGGACCAGAGGGCAGUCGCUGUGUGCAAUCUCCAGAAAUUCCCAAAACCUUUACCACCAGAGUAUCAGUACUUCGAUGAACUCAGUGGAAUUCCUGCAGAAGACUUGCCUUACUAUGGUGGCUCAGUGGAAAUUGCUGACUAUUGUCCUUUCAGUCAGGAAUUCAGUUGGCAUUUAAGUGGUGAAUAUCAACGCAGCUCAGAUUGCAGAGUACUGGAAAAUCAACCAGAAAUUUUUAAAAACUAUGGUGCUGAGAAGUAUGGCCCUCAUUCCGUUUGCCUAAUUCAGAAAUCGGCAUUUGUCAUGGAAAAGUGUGAGAGGAAGCUGAGCUACCCAGACUGGGGGAGUGGAUGCUAUCAGGUGUCUUGUUCUCCUCAAGGGCUGAAGGUUUGGGUCCAGGAUACCUCCUAUCUGUGUAGUCGGGCCAGACAGGUGCUGCCUGUCAGCAUUCAGAUGAACGGCUGGAUUCACAAUGGAGACCUGCUGUGCCCAUCCUGCUGGGACUUCUGUGAGCUGUGUCCCCCUGAAACGGAUCCUCCAGUGGCUAACCUGACCCGAGCCCUACCCCUGGAUCUGUGUUCCCGUUCCUCUAGCCUGGUGGUCACCCUCUGGCUUCUGCUAGGCAAUCUGUUUCCUCUGCUAGCUGGAUUUCUCCUGUGUGUGUGGCACUAGAAACGGAAAGUGAGUUCUCAAGACAGGUGCCUGUGGGGGAAAAAAGCACAAAAUCCUGGUGAGUGACAGCCUGUGCAGAUGGCAUCAGUGGCAUUCCUGACUCCAGCUGGGAGUGUUGACCACAGUUGGAGCG